AUGGGGCACGAUCGGAUUUGGGCUGUGGGACCCUUAUUGCCUCCAAAAGAUAGUGGUCUAGUGGGACUCACUAACCGCGGUGGAUCGAGUACGGUGCCAGCUCAUGAGGUCAUGACGUGGCUCGAUGGUAAGGCUGAUGAUCCGAUUGUCUACGUGUGCUUCGGGAGCCGUGUGGUACUAACAAGUAAGCAAAAGGAAGCGUUGGCGGCUACGCUUGAGUGCAGUCGGGUGCAUUUUAUUUGGUGUGUGAAGGCAUCUGAUCAAAGACACGUGGCAGGUGAUGAUGGCGCCAUCCCAAAUGGGUUCAAGGAUCGUGUGGGAGAUAGAGGUUUCAUAAUAAAGGGAUGGGCCCCGCAAGUGGAAAUAUUGAGACGUCCAGCUGUCGGUGCGUUCGUUACUCAUUGUGGUUGGAACUCAGUGCUAGAGGGUACAUCAGCUGGGGUACUUAUGCUGACCUGGACAAUGAAUGCGGACCAGUUCACCGACGCUAAGUUGUUGGUGAACCAACUCGGCGUGGCAAUUCGAGCUUGUGAAGGAGGAUCACAGAAUGUUCCAGAUGUAGACGAGUUGACUCGAGUGUUGGGUGAGUCGGUAAUUGGGUCUCGGACUGAGAGAGCCCGAGUUAUGCAGCUGCGUAACAUGGCCAGGAAUGCUCCUGUGAAAGGAGGAAGCUCAACCAGAGAAUUGGAGAAAUUCGUGAAGCAACUAGGUGAGCUCAAUAACAGAUAUGUCGUGUGA